UUUAAUUUUGUCCGCAAAAUUGAAAUAAAUAUAAGCAGAUAGGCAAUUAUAACAAUGUGUUUUUGAAAGCAUAUUUUUUGUGCUUUCUUAAAUUUUUACAAAAGCAAAAGGGUUUGCGGAAGAGUGUGACUCUUCCCCCAAAUGACGUGGUUAUCAGUUGACCAAAUUCCGCUAAAUGUGAUUGUGCGAGCAAUGACCGGAAUCAUACUGAUAAAACGUAUUUCUCAACGUCACCGGAAAGGUGUAUUACGGAAAGAAUUUGCGGUUGGUAAUUUUUUUCUUUUCGUCUCACUUUAUCGCCGGAACGCGUGGAGUGAGAGAACUGCUGAUGAUUAACAGAAGCUAAAUAUAAAGGCCGUUUUAUAAACACAUGUGGGUAUCCUCGGGACUAUACAGAAGAAAGCCAGAAUAGUCGUCUAAGUGUCGAGCAUCAGUGAACAAGAUCCUCGACGCACACGUUAAAAAAUCAAUUUUCCGACGUUGAAGAAAUUGAUCGUCGAACGAACGAACGAACGAGAUGCUCAUCGCAUUCAUCGCAUUCAUCGAAGUUCAUCCACGUGCAUCGUCAGCGUGCACUGUCAGUAUUUAGUCGAGAAAAUUAAACUUCUAACAAAAUGCUUAUCGUGAAUUAAUGUGCGAUAUUAUCAGCGCCGCAAGAGUGAUGCCGAGCUAAUUUAACAGAGAAGUUUUAUAUCUUUGAAUCGCCAUGCGAUAGUAGCCGCCUGCAGCGUCAAUUUGUUCGGCUUGAAUAUAAUUUUCUCAAGAGCACAAAAGUCGAGAGAAAAACUAUGUCGUUUAGGAACUUUUUCGAGAGAUUCUCAGGCAGUCACGUGAAGCGAGACACGUCGAGAAUGGAGCCCACCAACAGCAAAACGCCAUCCAUAGUGAUCAACAAUGAGGGGGUGCGUGAAGAUAUUUGGAUGAGCGAGAUGGACGACGGCAGCAUCUCCUCCGAGGACAGUUCGGAAUCUGUCACGUGUCACAUACGACCGGAGCCGAUAACGCAGGAGCAGCCUUGGAGCAAGCGGGAGGUGGAGGUGGCGUUGUCGAAUCUGCCGGGUGGCGAAGCCGCCCUUUCCCUGAUCCCGACUCUUCAAGACGAAGCUCUACAAAGGGCUCUGCAAGAAUUCCAAUGCUUGACUCUCAACGGAACGGACUGCAGACACCGCAAGCUCUCCUUGCCCAUGUUCGCAAACGGGUUUAUGCGAAAGGCUCUACUGGACAGUGAAAACGGAGCAGCAGCCGUCGCGACUUCGGGUCAGUUACUCGCGGGAUGGCCGGACACGUGUCUGCUGAUUUCCAGCUGGUUAGGACAUGUGGAAAUCGCGAGGGCUCUGUUGGACAAAGGCGCGCAGGCCACUACGAGAGACAACGAUGGAAGGACGCCGUUACAUCUCGCAGCCUGCGCCGCGUCCGUGAAGAUCGUAGAAGAGCUGCUGAAGCGCGGCGCUAAUCCACGCGAAUGGGACUUCGAGAGGAAGUGCACACCGUUGCAUUGCGCCGCGGCGACGGGCUGCGUCGUCACCGUGAAGCACUUGAUCAAGUCAGGCGCGGACGUGGACGCCGGAUUGUCCGGCAGAAGUCCGCUCCACUACGCGGUGCUGAACAACGCCGCGGAUUGCGUCGAGGCUCUACUGCAAGCAGGUGCUUGUCCCAAUAAUCCACAGGUUUACACAGAAACACCACUGCACGUGGCGGCUGGCCUGGGUAAUGUUCGCUGCACCAAGUUGUUGUUGAGCCACGGAGCGGACGUGAGGGUGCAACUGGGAGCGGUGAGAUCGACGCCUCUGCACUUGGCAGCGGAGGAGGGCAGCGCGGAGUGCACCAGAUUGCUGCUGAGCGCCAACGCGGCCUUAGAAGCGAAGAAUUUGCGCGGACAGACGGCAAUGCAUCUCGCAGCGCUCGCCCAAUCCGUGGAGACUCUAGAUGUGCUGAUAACAGCUGGCGCCCGGGUAAAUGCGGAAGAUGAUAACGGACGCACACCUCUGCAUGCUGCGGUCGCGAAAGCGCUGAGAGGCGGCGAACUUGUCAAAACUUUAAUGCAGGCAGGCGCUUCGGUCAACAAAGCGGAUAAGUUCGGUUACACACCGUUGCACAUCGCGGCCCUGAACGAGAGCUCGCCGACGGUGAUGAUGUUGUUAUCGAAAGGCGCCGAUGUGACGGCGCGCACCAAGGGCGGCAUCACCGCCCUGAGUUUCAUCGUGCGCCGCACGCCGGACGUGCUGCCGCGUUUCGUGGCGCGCUUGGAUCAGGCGAUCUCGCUGCACGAUCACGAACUAGGCGAUGUGGACUGCGAGCUACGACUGGACUUCCGGCCGUUAGUGCCGGGCGGCCGCGGCGAGGCGGACCUAAUGCUCUGCCUGGUGGAGGUCGGCCAGGGUCACAUCUUGAAGCAUCCGCUGUGCGAGAGCUUUCUCUACCUCAAGUGGCUGCGCAUCCGCAAAUUCUUCCUCCUCAGUCUAAUGUUCCACUCGAUCUUCGUCGCCCUCUUCACCGGCUACGUUUGCACAACGUAUUUGGAGAAGAAAAAACAACUGACGAGCAACAUUCUCUUCUGGCCCGUGCUGGGUUUCACCUGCGUGCUCGCGAGCAAGGAGAUCUUCCAGAUCGCCCACGGUAUUUGCAACUAUGCCCGACGCUGGGAGAACUGGCUGCAGUGGAGCGUGAUCUUGUCGUCCAGCAUUAUCCUGAUCUCACCGCCGCAGACGUGGCAGGGCAACGUCGCCGCGCUGGGCGUCCUGCUGGUCUGGGUCGAGCUAAUGAUGGUGGUCGGCCGUUUUCCUAUGUUCGGUAUCUACAUACAGAUGUUCACCCAAGUGUCCAUCAACUUCGUCAAGUUUCUCGCGGCCUACAUCUGCCUCAUCAUCGGCUUCUCCCUUAGCUUCUGUGUGCUCCACAGCAAGAACCACGAGCCGUUCAAAGAUCCACUGGUCGGUCUACUCAAGACGGUAAUGAUGAUGUCGGGGGAGUUGGAGUUCGAUGACAUCAUCUUCCCCAAAAAAAACAGCACGGACGAAAAAGAAACGGGCAAGCUUGUGUAUUUCGGCACGGCACACCUGAUGCUCCUCAGCUUCGUCAUCCUGGUGACGAUCAUCCUGACGAAUCUGAUGGUCGGCUUGGCCGUGUCGGACAUUCAGGAGUUACGCAGGUGCGCCGGCCUCGAUCGACUGGUGCGCCGUGCCGAGCUCGUGGCUCAUCUCGAGAGCAUGUUGUUUUCCAAGCUUCUCGAUCGCACACCAGCGUGUAGGAUAAUACAAGCGUGCAGGCGGGGCGCGUUGCUACUGCACCCACCGCAUCACUGCGCGCUGCACAUCCGGCCGAAUGAUCCGCGCGAGAAACGUCUGCCGUUUGAGCUCAUCAAGGCGGUAUACCGUCUGGUCAGUGAGAGAAGAUCGCGUCGGAUGACCUUCAGAAGAAGUGCGCUACCGUCACGACACACUGCUACGAAUGAAGUGAGCCACGCAAGGUUCAGCAGGAUGUACAGCGACGAAAGCAAUCAGCAGCAGCAGCAGCAGAACGAGCUGGCGCACGAGCUGAAGAAAUACUCGUACAACAUCUGCAUGAGACUGGACAGCCUGACCGAUAAGAUGGAGAGUAUCGCCAGAGAAGUAGACGCGACAACACACAUAUACAGUCGUUUGCAACGAGAUACAUCGAGAUACAUCGAGAAUGGAGUCCGCCAACAGAAAAACACCGGGGAGCGUAAAGAUAUUUGGAUGAGCAAGAUGGACGACGGCAGUAUCUCCUCCGAGGACAGUUCGCAGGAGCUGUCUUGGAACAAGGAGGAAAUCGUGACGGCGUCUUUGUAUCUACCGAGAAGUGAGAUCAUCCACUCCCUGAUGCCAACAUUGGAAGACGACGCUCUACAAGAAGCUUUGCAAGAAUGCUCGACUCUCAACGAUGAGGACUGCAGACACCGCAAGCUUACGUUGCCUGUGUUCACAAACGAGUGCGACAUGACAGACAAACUGGACUGGCAAUUUGAUUUUGCAACAAGGAUUUCGGGAUUUCCGUUGCUCGAGGCAUGGUGGGAUAAACCUGGGCUGAUUUUCAGCUGGCUAGGUCAUAUAGCUAUCGCGAAGACUCUGCUGAUGGACGCUACGAGAGACAACGAUGAAAGGACGUUGUAUUUAGAUCUGGCAGCCUGCGCCGCGACCGUGAAGAUCGUAGAAGAGCUGCUGAAGCGCGGCGCUAAUCCACGCGAAUGGGACUUCGAGAGGAAGUGCACACCGUUGCAUUGCGCCGCGGCGGCGGGCUGCGUCGUCACCGUGAAGCACUUGAUCAAGUCAGGCGCGGACGUGGACGCCGGAUUGUCCGGCAGAAGUCCGCUCCACUACGCGGUGCUGAACAACGCCGUGGAUUGCGUCGAGGCUCUACUGCAAGCAGGUGCUUGUCCCAAUAAUCCACAGGUUUACACAGAAACACCGCUGCACGUGGCGGCUAAGCUUGGUAAUGUCCGCUGUACCAAGUUGUUGUUGAGCCACGGAGCGGACGUGAGACUGCAACUGGGAGCCGCGAGAUCGACGCCUCUGCACUUGGCAGCGAAGAAGGGCAGCGCGGGGUGCACCGGAUUGUUGUUGAGCCAUGGAGCGGCCAAAGAAGAAAAGAAUUCACGCGGACAGACGGCAAUGCACCUCGCAACGCUCGCUCAAUCCGUAGGGACUCUAGACGUAUUGAUAAGAGCUGGCGCCUCGACAAAUGUGCAGGAUGAUCACGGAAACACACCUCUGCACGCCGCGAUCGGGAAAAAGGCAAGCAGCAAACUUGUCAAGACUUUAAUACAGGCAGGCGCUUAUAACCUUGCGGACAAGUUCGGUUACACACCGUUGCACAUCGCGGCUCUGUACGAAAGCUCACCGACGGUGAUGAUGUUGCUGUCGAAAGGUGCUGAUGUGACGGCGCGCACCAAGGGCGGCAUCACCGCUCUCAGCUUCAUCGCGCGUCGCACGCCGGACGUACUGCCGCGUUUCAUGGAGCGCUUCGAUAAGGCGAUAUCGCUGCACGAUCACGAACUGGGCGACGUGGAUUGCGAGCUAAAACUGGACUUCAUGCCGCUGAUGCUGUACGGCGACGGUAAGGCGGACCUGAUGUUCUGCCUGGUGGAGGCUGGCCAGGGUCACGUCUUGAAGCAUCCGCUGUUAGAGUCCUUUCUUUAUCUCAAGUGGCUGCGCAUCCGCAAAAUUUUCCUGCUCAGCCUAACGUUCCACUCGAUCUUCGUCGUCGUCUUCACCGGAUACGUAAGCGCGACGUACAUAGAGACUGAAAACUGGCUAAGCGACAUCCUUCUCUGGCCCACGUUGGGUUUCACCUGCGUGUUCGUGGGCAAAGAGAUCAUCCAGAUCUCCCGUGGCAUCGGCAACUACGCCCGACAAUGGGAGAACUGGAUGCAGUGGAGCGUAAUCCUGACGUCCAGCGUCAUUCUGAUCUCACCGCCGCAGAAAUGGCAGGACAACGUCGCCGCGCUGGGCGUUCUGCUUGUCUGGGUCGAACUGAUGAUGGUGAUCGGCCGUUUCCCCAUAUUCGGCAUCUACAUACAGAUGUUCACCCAAGUGUCCAUCAACUUCUUCAAGUUUCUCGCGGCCUACAUCUGUCUCAUUAUCGGCUUCUCCCUUAGCUUCUGCGUGCUCCACAAGAACCACAAGUCGUUCGAAAAUCCACUGGUCAGCCUACUCAAGACGGUAAUGAUGAUGUCAGGAGAGUUGGAUUUCAAGGACAUCAUUUUCCCGGAAACAGAUAAAAAAAACGUCACAGAAGGCGACAAAAAAGAAGUCGAAGACAUCGACAGGUCGCUUCUGUAUCCUGGCACGGCACAUCUGAUGCUCCUCAGCUUCGUCAUCCUGGUGACGAUCAUCCUGACGAAUCUGAUGGUCGGCUUGGCCGUGUCGGACAUUCAGGAGUUACGCAGAUGCGCCAGCCUCGAUCGAUUGAUGCGCCGUGCCGAACUGAUGGCUCAUUUCGAAAGUAUGUAUUCCAAAUAUAUAAGGAUGUGUCGUUCCGACCAUAUUGCAUUCAAGAUUCUGGGCCGUACACUGGCGCGGAGGAUAAUACAAACGUUCUUACAAGUGGUCGAGUGUCGCCGUUACCUGCACAUCCGGCCGAACGAUCCGCGCGAGAAACAUUUGCCGUGCGAACUUAUCAAGAAGAUAUACCGUCUGGUCAGUGAGAGAAGAUCGCGGCGAGUGAAGUUCGGAGAUGGUGCGCCGUCACACACUGCUGCCUAUGAAAUAAACUACGCGAAAUUCAACAGAAUGUAUACCAACGAAAGCAGUGAGCAGCAGCUGAACGAGCUAGUGCAAGAGCUGAAGAAAUACUCGUACAACAUCUGCACGAGACUGGACAGCCUGACUGAUAAAAUAGAGAAUGUCGCCAGAAAAGUGGACACGACAACGCGUCCAUGUUGAUCGUCGCUGAACUUUCAUCUCAUCUAACAUCUCGGGAAAAAAGCAACAAAACGAAACAAUUCUCAACGAGAUACACAAGUGUAUUAGCUAAUGCAUCGUGCUAAAAUCUGAAAUUAUUUUGAAAAUAAAAUACAAAAUCGAGAAUACAAGACUAAUUUAAGCUUGAAUAUGAGAAAUCGAGGAAUCCAAAAGAUCUAGUGAUUUGAAAAGUCAAACUUCAACAAUAUUCAAUUGAGAAAUGUAUGAAUCCAACAAACUGCUUUUGCAAGAAUUUUGCAUACAUGUGAACACAUACAUACAUACGAUGGAUACUUGCAAUGUUAAUUCUACAAGAUUUAAUUAAGGU